AUGAGUCACAUGAGUAUAAACCCGUUGGCCGCCGCAUAUGUUACCCUAAACCCUAAAUAUUUUUGCAUUCGUUUUUCGUUUCUCUCCAGAGCGGCUUCGGUUUUCGGCUGCGAGCCUGUGAUCGUUGGACGGGAGUUUGGGCCUUCUUCUUCUUCCAUGAAGUUCGUUGGACGACGGCUUCGGUUUUCAGCUGCGAGCGUUGGACGGGAGUUCGGGCUUUCUUCUUCCUCGAAGUUCGUUGGACGGCUUCGAUUUUCGGCAUCUCGGCUCAUGGAUCCUGCUCGAUUAGUCGGUUCACGCCACUUCAUAUCCAACAUUUCUAUUAUAGGACAUGCGGUCGAAGCGGAGGAUUUCGUAGAGAUAGAUGCGACAGGUGAGGACGGAGUUCUCCGGGGAGGUAAUACGGAUGGAGAAUUUAGAUUCAGCAUUGAUCCCGACGUUCUCAAUUGCAAAAUCUGCUUCCAACCCCUGCGUCCGCCCAUUUUUGAGUGUAUAAAUGGACAUAUUGCAUGUUCGUAUUGCUGUCCUAAACUCUCAAACAAAUGUCACUUCUGCUGUGAACCUAUCGGUGGCCACCGAUGCUUUGCACUAGAGAAAAUUCUAGAAUCCAUUACCAGCCCAUGCCAGUAUGGUAAUUACGGAUGCAGAGCUAUUCUAUCCUUUGCUGAGAAAGUAUCCCAUGAAGAAGCCUGUAGUCAUGCUGCCCUCUUCUGCCCAAUUAGUAAUUGCACCUUCUCUGGCUCAAAGAGUCUUCUCUUUACUCAUGCCAAACAUAUGCACGGCAACAUUUCAAAGAACUUCUGCUAUGAUAAACCUUUCUUGGUUAUUUUGGAGAAGCAGCAACCUUUAAUGGUUCUGCUUGGGGAGGACAACCAUUUCUUUCUCCUCUUAAACAAUCAUGAGAUCUUCCCUGGGAAUGUGCUCUCUGUUAUCUGCAUGGCUUCAGACAAUGCCGAGUAUGACUUCUCAUGCGAGCUCAAGGUGAAUAGCAGGGAAAGCUCGCUUAGGUUUAGGGCCUCAGCUGAGAAGGUCAAGAAGUGGAAUGGAGUUCAUCCUCGCAAGGCUUUCCUUGUGGUUCCAGACAGUUUUGGUACUACGGAUGCUCGAUUACGUGUAAAUGUUUGCAUCUAUAAAUCAUUAUCAUCAGGUGUUCUCAAGUAGCACAGGCCUGUUUUGAUUUCCGUUUCAGUUUCUACUUAUUGGUAAAAGCAUUUGCAAUAUAUAUAUAUAUAUAUAUUUAUUUGUGUGUGAUGUUUUGCUAUUUUUAUUGAAUGUUAAGUUAAGUGUGCAAACAUAAAGUGUAUAUAUAUAUAUCUAUAUUUGUUUGUGUGUGAUGUUUUGCUAUUUUUAUUGAAUGUUAAGUUAAGUGUGUAAACAUAAAGUUCAUUUGCUAAUGUUAUAAAAUUUUUCAUUAUUUUACUAAUCAAACACUACUAUUUUAUAUGAUAUUUUUGUUGAUUUUGAUAAACUCAUCGCAGACACUAGAACCCAGGGCCCAAGUGCCUGACUUAGCACCUAGAAACCUAAACAUGAUAUUCAUGUGCUAGAUUUAGUGAUUAUGAAUGUCCUAAUCACCCCGUCCCUAAUGCCUAAGCAUCCAACUUGGCACUAAGCACUACAAUAAUGGUUUUGAAGUUAUAAAUUAUUAGUUUUGGCCAGAUUGUACUAAUGGAACUUUUGUGACUUGAUUAGGAUGAAUUUAUUCUAUUAGAAGUGUUUUAUCAUUGGAUAAAAAGUUAGCUAUUGAUAUAUAUAUAUAUUGUAGACUCGGUGGCUCUGUCCUCUCAAAAUUUUAUUGUAGAACUCUUCUUCACUUAUUACCUCACACCCUCAAAACAAUUUUCCAUCUAUUUCCUCAUAAAAUCCACUCAAAAAGCCAAGAAGGGCUCUCAUCCGAAGCUUGGUUCAAUCCAACCUAGGUUGUUUAUGUACCUCUUUUGACCUUCCAAACUCCUUGAAAAAUUAUUUAAUAUUUUCAAAUUAAUAUAGACAUAAUUCUCUUAAAUUUCCAAGAGUUUUUUAAUUCAUGGAGCUUCCACAUAUUGAAACCUGAAACCCUCAACUCUAAGUAGGAGAAUUCAGCUAUAUCAUACUUCUUUUGCAUGACAAAUGAAAACCUCAUCUCAAACCUUUCCCAAAGCCUCUACAUCAACCAUAGCAUACUUUAGAAACCUUAAAACCUCAUACUUCUUCUCAGCUGUCUAAUUAUCGGCCACUGUAAAGUUGGUAUUGGUGCCUAGGUGGGAAGAAGAGAAUUGGAUACUUCCGUAAUUAGCAUACUGGCAUG